CAUAAAAUAUUUCAUCGGCCACUAACAAGGUGGGGAUGCGUACUCAGAAAUGGCAAAACCUGCUGACUUGUCACCUUAUUACCCACCCGCGAUUUGAACACGUCAUAAAGUGGAGGUGGAGAGCAACUGUGUACGUACUGCUGCUCCCAGAAGGAAGAAGAAGAAGAAGAUGAAGAAGAAGAAAAGCAGGUGGUCUGGUAGCCAAAUGGAGGUUCUUUCUGCCCUAUGCGACGCAUUCUUGCCUUCCAUAAACCCUCCUUCUUCUUCCUCUAACCACUCUCAUCCUCUUUCCUCCAUUAUCACUCACUUCUACCAAACCUCAGCUUCCAUGGCAGGCACUCCUCACCAUCUUGCUGUGUUGCUUGAAGAAAAAUUAGAGCAUCCGAAGCUAUACCUGAGUAAACUUGCAGUGUGGCUGCUGUCGACAUGGAUAGGGACCUUCAUACUCUGUGGGAGAAGAAGCAUCUCUCCUCAGUUUCCAUAUUUCAAGAGAUUUUCAGAGCUUUCACUUCAACAAAGGGAAGCUGUACUGCACUCAUGGUCUGAAAGCAAUUUCUACCUCUUAAGAAUACUCUUCACUGCUCUCAAGAUCUUCAUCCUUCUCCUCUUCUUCACUCAGGUGAAUGAGAAACAAGAGAAUGAUACAUGGGCAGCCAUAGAUUAUCGCAGGCCAAAACCAGACAAUGCAGAAAAGUUUGGACCUUUAGAAAAAGGCAUUGUUCGAUUAAGCCAUCGAUCGAAAGAAGAGUCUGUUAAAAGAUUACAAAGCUUAGGCUUCCCUGCCUCGACCCCGCAACAUUCGACCAAGAACAUAACCAAUUGUCUGAACCCCUCCUUCAUCAUCAAAUGCGAUGCCUUGAUCGUCGGCUCCGGCUCCGGAGGCGGUGUCGUUGCCGGAGUUCUUGCUAAGGCCGGAUACAAAGUUCUUGUUUUAGAGAAAGGGAGCUAUUUUGCAAGGAGUCAGCUGUCCCUUUUGGAAGGGGAAGCCAUGGAUCGAAUGUACUUAGGACAUGGGAUUAUGGGGACAGACAAUAUGGAUGUCCUGCUUCUUGCAGGAUCGACGGUCGGAGGCGGAUCGAAGAUCAACUGGUCGGCGUCAAUUCGGACCCCUCCGCAUGUUGUAAGAGACUGGAGCGAGAACCAUGGGCUGCAUUUCUUUCGUAGCCGCGGCUACGAGCAUGCGAUGGACGUCGUGUGCGGGAGAAUGGGAGUGCAGUCGAAGAUCGAUAACGAAGGAUUCAAUAACAUGGUUUUGCGGCGAGGCAGCGAGCGUUUGGGGUUCCCUACGGAUACGAUCCCGCGCAAUGCGCCAUCGAAUCACUACUGCGGCUCGUGCUGCAUGGGGUGUAAAGACGGGAGUAAAAAAGAUGUAUCGGAGACGUGGCUCAUGGAUAUGGUCGAAUUGGGCAACGGAAUAGUCCUCCCCGAAUGCGAAGCCGUAGAAGUCAUCACACAGCAAAACAGGGGAAGUUGCAGCCGGAGAAAGGCUAUCGGAGCGUCAUUCGUGUUCGACGACUACGACGGAGUCCGUCGAACUGCAGUCGUGGAUGCCAGAGUGACGGUGGUGGCGUGCGGUGCAAUUUGCACGCCGCCGUUGUUAACAAGAAGCGGUUUAAGGAAUGCAAGUAUAGGGAAGAACUUGCAUCUGCAUCCAGUGGUGAUGGGGUGGGGAUACUUUCCCGACGGCGAAUGGCCGGAGAGCGAGAAGAAGAGCUACGAGGGAGGGAUAAUGACGGCGAUGUCGAAAGUCACGGAAUCGUCAACCUACGACACGAUAAUUCAGACGCCGGCUUUGCAUCCGGGGAUGUUCUCCGCAUUGAUGCCUUGGCAAUCGGGCGCGGACAUGAGGCAACGGAUGCUCAAAUUCUCGCGCACGGCACACAUCUUUGCGCUGGCGAGGGACAAAGGCAGCGGCGUGGUGACUUCGCCGACGAACAUUAGUUACAAAAUGGCAAAAUGCGACGAAGACAAUUUAAGAGGAGGGUUAGAGAGAGUCCUGCGGAUACUAGCAGCUGCCGGCGCGGACGAAAUUGGAACUCAUCAUAAGAAAGGUCGGGUGCUGAAGGUGAAGGAGGCGAGCGCCGAGGAGUUGGAGAGGUUCUUGGAGGAGGAAAUGUCGAGGGCGCUGGAGAAGUUGUCGAGUCCGAUAUGUUCGGCGCAUCAGAUGGGGAGCUGCAGGAUGGGGACGGACCCGAAGCACUCGGCGGUGGCGCCAACGGGCGAGACGUGGGAAGUCGAGGGGCUUUACGUUGCCGAUUCGAGUGUUUUUCCGAGUGCAUUGGGUGUCAACCCCAUGGUUACUAUCCAGGCCAUUGCUUAUUGCACUGCACAAUCUAUUCUCAAUGUUCUUAACAAGAAGAGCGAGAAAUAGAUGUGGUAGGCGAAUUUGUGAUCGUUUUGAAUUCAAAAUCUACUCAUAUUUUCUUAUUUGUCUAUUGACUAAUAUAUGAACCAAAAAUGUUCUUUCAUAAUUCCGUACUUUAUGUAAUUUACUUUGUAGAGUCUAGUUUACAUGAUAUUAAGUUCCACACCUAAUUUUCAUU